AUGUUUGUAGAUGUCCAUAUACACAUAUGGUUGAGUGCUGCAGCUAAGAAAUGGAGCAUCACCGUCAUGGUAGUAAUCGUCAACAAGAGCACCACAGUCCCUAUGAUGACCCUUUCUUGCAUUCAUGUUGCUGCUGCCACUGUUAUGCAGGCAUCUCUUACAUUCUUAGGGCCUUCCAAAGAUGCAUCCUCUUCAACUGCUUUGGCUGGAAUGAAUCUGCCCCCAGAUUUCAUCACAUCCAACACUUGGAAAUGGAAUGACCAUCAUUCUUGCUCCAUCUCAUCAAUUUCAUGUAUUUUAAACCUUAAACUAAGGUCCUUAUUGCUGGAAUAUUGCCCUUCACACAAAUAUAGCAGAUUUACUGAAAUUUGA